AUGGUUAUGAAUGUAUGAUUCAGUGCUACUCUUUUCUCUUUUGUAAUCCUGUUUUGUGUCCCACAUGGGUUGCAUUACAUUCUUUAGCUUUCAACCAUUUUUUUUCUGGGCAGAUUUAAAGAUGCUUGCUUGAUUAGCUGAUAUUUUUCUCUCUUUUCCUUUUCUUUUCUUUGGUUAAUGCCAAAAUCCCAAAACACAAAAAAGAACAAAAGGUCGAAGUGAGAGAGAGAAAGGCUAAAACUUGCACCCAAAAAUAGCCUCAUUUUCAAUACCCACCUUCCAAAUGCUCCGGAAAUCUCUGCUUACUGCCUUCUUUACUGUGCAAUUGUCUAAGCAGGUGCUGAAUUAGGGACAGAAAAUUGCUGUACAAUAGCAAUUGUUUUGUAGUAGCAUAUAUUAGCUAUUUCAUAUGGCAGCUUGUGGGUCAAAAUCCCUUACUUGUUCUGAUGCUGGAACGGCGAGGGGGGUAUUGACCGUUCUCGGAAGAAGACUCCCUACAGAGAGUCAUUCGGGAAAAGUGACCUCUGUGAAGUUUUUUGAUGAAAGGAAUGGCCACAAAAUGGCGGUAUCAUGUUCAGCUAAGUUCAAGUGCUCGUCGAAUUCACACAGUGUAAGUAGAUCGAAUAACAAUGACCCGUUUCUUAAUCUCCACCCUGAGAUUUCUUUGCUUAGAGGGGGUGAUGCGAACAACAUGAUGAACAGCCCAAGAAAUGAUGGUCCAAGUGGUAGUAUCACUGAUACUUUGAGAGAGUCAUCCAGGACUAAUAAUUACAAUGAAGCUACGAUCAAGGUUAUUGGUGUAGGGGGUGGUGGUUCAAAUGCAGUUAAUCGGAUGAUUGAGAGUGCCAUGAAAGGUGUGGAGUUUUGGAUUGUCAAUACUGAUAUUCAAGCCAUGAGAAUGUCUCCUGUUUUCUCGGAGAACCGCUUGCAAAUUGGUCAAGAGCUCACUCGAGGUCUAGGGGCUGGUGGAAACCCAGAAAUAGGAAUGAACGCAGCUAAAGAAAGUAAAGAAGCAAUAGAAGAGGCCCUUCAUGGCUCGGACAUGGUCUUUGUGACGGCUGGAAUGGGUGGUGGUACCGGAACUGGUGCAGCUCCAAUAAUUGCAGGGAUUGCAAAGUCAAUGGGUAUCUUGACUGUUGGCAUAGUGACAACCCCAUUCUCUUUUGAGGGAAGGAGGAGGACAGUCCAAGCCCAAGAAGGAACUGCAGCUCUGAGAGAAAAUGUUGACACUCUAAUCGUCAUUCCAAAUGACAAAUUAUUGACUGCAGUUUCCCCAAAUACACCUGUUACAGAAGCAUUUAACUUAGCUGAUGAUAUUCUACGGCAGGGUGUUCGUGGUAUCUCAGAUAUAAUCACGAUUCCUGGUCUUGUAAACGUGGACUUUGCAGAUGUGCGGGCUAUUAUGGCAGAUGCUGGCUCUUCGCUGAUGGGGAUCGGAACUGCUACUGGUAAGACCCGAGCAAGAGAUGCUGCCCUGAAUGCCAUCCAGUCACCAUUGCUUGAUAUUGGUAUUGAAAGAGCCACUGGAAUUGUGUGGAAUAUAACCGGUGGAAGUGAUUUAACUUUAUUUGAGGUGAAUGCUGCAGCAGAAGUUAUAUAUGAUCUUGUAGAUCCGACAGCCAAUUUGAUAUUUGGGGCGGUGAUAGAUCCAUCACUAAGUGGUCAGGUAAGUAUAACUUUAAUAGCAACUGGGUUCAAACGUCAGGAAGAUGGUGAAAGCAGGCCCCUCCAGGCAAGUCAGCCAUCGCAGGGAGAUAUUGGCCUUGGAAUGAACCGACGGCCAUCUUUCAGUGAAUCUAGUUCUGUGGAGAUCCCUGAGUUUCUGAGGAAAAAAGGACGUUCACGCUAUCCAAGAGCAUGAUUCAUUUGUUUCCAGCAUGAUUCAUCUGUAUUGUCUGAGAAGCUUCACUAUUUAACUUGGACAUAUAGUUACUCUUCUCUUUGUAGGUAGAAGUUAUGUCUUCUGGUUUGCUGCCUUUUAGCUCGUACAUAACAUUCAUUUCCUUGCUUGAAAUAUAGGGUUUUGGAAUAAGAGUAGCUUAAGUUGUUCUGUAUACCUUGAAAUUUUAACUACGUUGUGCUUGCUGUGAUAUAUACUACUGUAAGAAUUUUUUUAGAAUAUAUAUUAUUCAUAAUUGUUU